AUGGGGCGCCUGCCGCUGGACCGCGUCCACUCGUCGCUCACGUCGACGGGCCUCGAGGGCCUCGACCUGCCGCACACGGCGACCUACGGCGGGUUUAUUCAGACGAAGCACUGGAUCGACUUCGACGGCGACUUCUUCGGCGUCGCCGUCGCCGAGGCCAAGGUCAUGGACCCGCAGCAGCGCCAGCUCAUGGAGGUGGGCUUCGAGGCGUUGGACGCCGCGGGCAUCACGAAGCAGGCCAUCCGCGCCCACGACGACGCCUGGACCGUCGGCAACUUUGUGGCUCUGCAGACGAACGACUUCGCGCGCGCCAUCGUCCGGAGCCCGCGGCUCAUGCAGUCGACGUACGCGGUCUCCGGCGCGAACCCGGCCAUCGCCGCGGGGCGGCUGCCCUACGCGCUCGGCCUGCGGGGCGCGGCGUUCACCGUGGACACGGCCUGCUCGACGGCGCUCGUGUGUUUGCACGAGGCGCGCUUGGCCGACGCGACGACGGACCGCCACGAGCCCGCGUUGGUGUCCGCGGUCAACGCGAUGAUCGACGCGUCCGUCACAGAGGUCGUGGAGCGCGCGGGCAUGCUGUCGCCGCGGGGCCGGUGCCACACCUUCGACGGCCGCGCGGACGGCUACGCGCGCGGCGAGGGCGUCGUCGCCGUGCUCAUCCGGCGGCAAGAGGCUUUAGACGGCGUCGCCGACGUCGCCCUCCACGGCGGCGUGCUCCUGCCGGCGACGUCCCUGCGCAGCGACGGGCGCACGGCGUCGAUCACGGCGCCGUCGGCCGUCGCGCAGCGCGAGCUCCUCGCGCUGGCCCUCGACCAGGCGCCGAAGCUCACUUUGACGAACGUCGAGACGCACGGCACGGGCACGGCGCUCGGCGACCCC